GGGCUAAAAAAACAACAGGAAACUCAGACCCAGUCCAAUGUUGUUUCUGCUCAAGCCUUCGGAGGAACAGCACUGCCACGUCCUAUACUACCAAACUACCAUCAAAAGAUCAUGAUCACAACUAUCUCCAAGUAAAGCUGGCACCGUGACGUCACUUUUGAAGACAGAUUGGGAGCGGAUGAAAGCUUUUCGGGAGUCCAAUGCUGAAGUUUCCAAUUCUUACGACAGAUUCAUUUUAACAUAUGGAUCCGUGGAAGGGAUAUACAGGUUUUUGCCGUUGGGAGCGCUAAGAGAAGACACAUGAGGAAUAAAGCAUCCAAGCAGAAGUCUAAGAAGAAGGCUAUUGACAAUGUGUUCGGCUGUGACUUGAUCGAGCAUCUACAAAGCACAGGACAAGAUGUUCCUCAAGUCCUGAAGAAGUGUGCAGAGUUCAUAGAGAAACAUGGCAUUGUGGAUGGGAUCUACAGACUGUCAGGCAUCACAUCAAACAUCCAGCGUCUCAGGCAGGAAUUCUGCUCGGAGGCUUGCCCUGACCUUACUAAGGAAGUGUACCUCCAGGACAUCCACUGUGUGGGCUCCUUAUGUAAGCUGUACUUCAGGGAGCUUCCCAAUCCUCUGCUCACAUAUGAGCUUUACACCAAAUUCACCGAAGCGGUUUCAGUCCCGGGGGAUCAUGAAAAACUUGCCGGCAUCCAGAUGGUCAUCAAAGAACUGCCACAUGCUCAUUUCAGAACCCUGGAGUACCUUACCAAGCACCUGACCCGCCUCGCCACCUUAAGCUCAAAGACGAACAUGCACACAAGAAACCUGGCUUUAGUGUGGGCCCCCAACCUGCUCAGGUCAAAAGAUAUUGAGGUUUCUUCUGGUAAUGGGGACAUGGCAUUCCAAGAAGUCAGAGUUCAACAGUCAGUCAUUGAAUUCAUCCUUAACCACACAGAGCAGAUCUUCAACGGUGUUUCUCUCCAAAUGAAACCCAAAGAAGGUUUAAUGUGUGGGGAGAAGUAUGCCACUCUGCCCAUCAGUGGAACCUCAGGACCCAUGAAACUGAUGAGUCUGGAGGAGGCCCAGGCGCGAUCCUUAAGUCCAAACCACCCUGUGCACAAAGAGCGUCAGAGAGAAAACAGCCUGCCAGACCCCACCACUGCCCAGCUCUACCACACUGUCAUCGACCUAGACAGCAAGAGGAAAUACUCAGGAAAAUCAAAAAAGUGGAAAUCCAUUUUUAAUUUGGGAAGAUCUGUGGAAUCGAAGGGAAAACUGAGCCGCAAUGGCAGUGUGUUCAUCAGAGCACAAGGGAUCACAGAAAAGGCAAAAGGCAGAAAAUCCAGAAGUAUGGAGUCGCUGUGCUCUUUACCAACAGAGGAUGACAGAGCUGGAGGCCGUGUGCCUGUUGGACCAGGCAGCCUUUUUGCUCCAGAUGUUAAGUCUCGGACUCUGGGCUCAGAUUCUCUGUUUGACCUGAGCGAAGAUGAACCCACCUGGGAGAUUAAAGGGAUCAGAGCCAGUGGAGCCACAGCAGGAUGGAACACUCACAUAGACCAGGACAGCCCACUAGGGACUUCACUGCCUGCACAGAGGACACUGCCAGAGCAGCUCAAGGUGUUCAAAGGAGAGGACAUGAGAGGGUUCAAACCCACAUCUCCUAAAAGCAGGAGGACGCUGUACUCCUCCCACAGCUCCUCCUCACGGCCCUCGUUCCCUGGGAGCUUUUUCCCUUUGGAAUCCUCUCCACGGCACCAGCGAAGGGCCCUCAACAUCUCUGAACCUUUCGCUGUGUCCGUGCCUCUGCGCGUUUCUGCUGUCAUCAGCUCCAACAGCACUCCCUGCAGGACUCUGGCCAAAAAGAUCCCUGAGCCGAGCAUCAGCGGAAAGAGCAGCACUGUCACACCACAAGAAUCCAAGAGGCAGGAAGAGACGGAGAAGAUCAACAGAGAAGAGGGCAGCUCCAUCCAGUCAGAGGAUUCAAGAAAUGAUGGAUCGCAUCGGAGUCAAAGAAGUGAAUCUGAAGACUCCUUCAGUGGGAGUGCAGGGCAGAGGGCGCCCUCUUGUGGAGAAGAUCUGCAUAUUCAAUCUACUCCUAAAAAACUGGAAAUUGUAUCUUCUGUUGGGAAAGGAGUUUUGGCUGACAUCACUCCAGAGCUAAAGAUAAGUGAACCAGAAAUCAAGCUACUGGAUGAAACUUUUAAGCCUGUUUUUGGGACACAGAAGUCAUUUGAUUGUUUGAAACUGACCCCUGAUGUCAAGUCCAAACGCAGCCAAAGCUCUCCAUCUCUGACGCUUUUAUGUAAAGAAAUGUCUUCACUGUCAGCACUGAACCAUCAGAAGACCGGAUCAGAAUCGGCCAAGAAACAGCCCUCGGAAUCGGAUCUAUUGUUUUCUUUGCGUAAAGACUUUGAUGUAGUUGUAGGUGGUAGCACAGAAAACAUACAGCAAUCUAAAAUUAAUAAUGGAACAGAGAAACCCAAUCAACCACCUCCAAAGAUAACAGCUGUAAACAAUAGCGUAACAGAAAACCCACCUCCUUUAUGUCAAGAUGAUAUUACAAAUCACAAAUCUUUGGAAAUACCUGCAGUGCCUCCUCCCAAAAACAACAGUCUAUCACAAGAGUCACUGAGGAAAAACCUUGUUCUUGAACUUGAUAGUGUGCCAAGACUUUCUGUAUGUGUGGAAGAGAGGAGGAGUAUUUUGGAGUUGGAGGAUGAAGAUGGACAUACAGAAGAGCUGGAUCUGGUGGAGCCUUGGGAUGAUCUGAACUCAGCCCAACAAUGGGUGACCAGUCCACUGCACUCCCCAGAUGUCGAGGAGCUGUUCAAACAACUGUCAACAACGUCCUGGUCAGAGGGGGUCGCUAAAGUCUCAGAGGAAAGCAAUAGUUCAUCAGUACAAUCAGACAUCAACAAAUUCUCCACAAAACCCAUUCUGACAAAGAGCUUCUCUGGGAAUAUUCCUCCAGCCACUAAACCAGAGGCUAAAUGGAUGUAUGUGCCCACACCUAUAGGUAACACAGCACAAGCUCACAAGUCUCACUGCUUAAAUAAACACAAGAAUACAGCAUCAUGUCAAAGGUUUCACAGGCAAAUGUCUCAUGAUGCUGCUGCUUUGGACAAAAAAGAGGAAAACACUACUUCACGACACAGACCUUACUCACUUAAUCUAGAUUUGAGACAUCGCUGCAUCAGGGACAUUUCAAACCAGCAAAACCUUGGUUCAUCAGAGUUUUGCCCAAAGGGGAUACAGCCAGGGAUUGUACAUAACUGCUUAUCUGAGCUGGAUUUAUUUCUGAACGAUAACGAGGCACCAUUGCGCAGAAACUCGGCUCCUGUCAGCGUGUCCUCAGUGCGCACAGCCUUCAUGAUAAAAACCUGUCAGGCCAAAGCUGUACCCGUGGUCCCUCCCAAAGUGCAGUACAGCCAGAUACCUCACUCCAGACUUGAGAAAGACACAGUGAAUGAAGAAGAUAAGGAAUGUGCAAAAGAGAAAAGCAAUGCACUGCCUCCACCUGUCAUGUCCGAACUCAAAGAGGAACUGGAAAACAAAGAGCCUAAGCCUGUCAAAGCUGCUCAUGUGGAAAAGACAGUGGAGCCCGCAGUGGAGUUACCGGUCAUUAGGCGGCGAAACGCACCCAGUCUGGAGGUGUUUGUGGACGCUCCUCGACCAAACAAGUCCAACCUUUUACAGCGAUCCUCCUUUAGGAACAGACAGAGACCUCAAAGUCUGAUCCUGCUGAGCCCUCCGUUCCCCAUCAUGGACUACCCCUCUUCUGGUGAUGACGGGAAACUCUCCUCCAUCAAAAGUCUCAAUGACACCUCAGCCGAGAGCUACAGGGCGACCGAACAAGUGCAAAACAAAAUGACUAUUCCAAAAAGUGGACAGAGACUAGAGACCUCAACCAGCUGCUUCUACCAACCACAGAGGAGGUCCAUGAUCUUUGACAGCAGGAGUCAUAGGCAGAUUGAGUAACUGCACAAUUACAUCGUAAACAAUUUGUAUCAGGAAAAACUGGCGCAUUGGGAGGAGCUGCAGAACUAUAUACGUC